AUUGUGAUGGAUUUCAAGCACCCUGAUGGCCAUACAGCAGCGGUUAUGCUGCCCCGAUGCAGUUUGUUGGUGAUGACUGGAGAAUCCAGAUACCUGUGGACACAUGGGAUUACACCCCGAAAAUAUGAUGUCAUUCAAGCAUCUGAGCUUAGGAAAAAAGUUGGAGCAAUCACUGCUGAUGCUGGAGAUUUAACGCUAAAUCGAAGGGAAACAAGGACAUCAUUUACAUUCAGGAAAGUGAGGAGAAACCCUUGCAAUUGCAUUUACCCAUCUGUCUGUGACAGCCAGAAACGACAGCAGAGAGAGGUACAACCUGCAUUUCCCCACAGCGAGGUGGAAGCCUCAAGGCUGGAGCAGGAAUACGUGCACAAGGUGUAUGAAGAGAUCGCCACACACUUCAGCAGCACCAGGCACAGCCCAUGGCCCCAGAUUGUGGAGUUUCUCAGGUCCCUCCCAAAAGGGUCGAUAGUGGCUGAUGUUGGUUGUGGUAAUGGGAAGUAUCUAGGCAUCAAUGAGGAUCUGUACAUGGUGGGCUGUGAUCGCAGCAAAUCCCUGGUGGGUAUCUGUGGGGAGAAGGAUUUGGAGGCGUUGGUCUGCGACGCGCUGUCGGUGCCGGUGCGCAGCGGCUCCUGCGACGCCCGCCUCUCCAUCGCCCUCAUCCACCAUCUCUCUACAGCGGAAAGGAGACUGGCUGCCCUCCGUGAGCUGGCCCGGCUUCUGAGACCUGGUGGAACAGCACUCAUUUAUGUCUGGGCAAUGGAACAAGAAUACAAAAACCAGAAGUCUAAAUACCUUAAGGAAAAGAAUGGUAGUAAAGGCAAAGCAGAGGAAAUCGAUACUGACACAGCCCAGAGACCACUUUGUGGUGAAAUGCCUGAUAGCAGCAGCCCAGACUCACCAUGUUCUGACCAACUCCUUAAUGACUGGAAGGAUGAAGGCUGUGGUGCAAAGCCAGUGGCAGACUCUAGACUGCCUGUUCACACUAACCGAACCUCCUUUCACUCUCAGGAUUUGCUGGUUCCCUGGCACCUGAAAAGUGGCACUAAAAAAAAAGGGGAAGGUGUUGGUACAGUGUUGUUUCCAGAUGGCUCCAAGGAAUCCAAAGAACUCAGCCCCAUUUUCCACCGUUAUUACCAUGUCUUCUGUGAAGGGGAACUGGAGGCAUUGUGCAGAUCCCUGGAUUGUGUGAGGGUUCAGAAGAGUUACUAUGAUCAGGGAAACUGGUGUGUGGUUCUGGAGAAAUUGUAG